GUUGACGGAGCUGCUUCACGGUGUCGGAUCUCAUGCAUUUUUCUCGGCCAAAGAGCCACGCUGCACAGCACGUCGCAGAACACUGCCGUAGGUGUGGCCAAUGAGACGGCAAAUCUUUGAAGCCUUCGUGACGCCUGAAAUUGAAACUCCAACGCUCUUUGGGUGCUUGAGCUUAUUUCCCUAUUUUGUCGUGAUUUAUGCAGUCAAUCAUCUUGGUUUCGUCUACAACCAUUUUGGGAUUGGCAUGACUGGCUUGUUGUGCCUGUUUUGUUUGAUCGUUUUGUUCUGCGGAGGAUUCCUGAUCAACUUCAUGGCUGUUUCCAAUGUCUUUAUCAGCAGGAUGCACGAAAAGGUGGUUUGUCCAUGCGUUUGCGUCAGUUCAAUUUGUUGGUUGUUUCUCUUCUCUUCAAUCUUCGCGCUGUCCACCAGCGACGAGUCACCGAUCCAUCAGUAUUGGCAACUUAGCCAAUCUCCGAUGCGGGGCCUCGGUAUAUGUGACACCAAUGAGUGGAAGGAUUCCACACGCGGUCUCUACUUCAGAAAUGGGGCGAUCUCCAGAAAUGGGAUGCUGUUUGAUACAUUUCAGGUCAAUGUCCACAAGUGCACCCGGUUGAAUACCAAGGGGCCCUGGAAUUCAUGCAGCUUCCGCGUUCGCCCUAUCGUGCCUCGAGCAGAUUGCACAGAUGUCACAGAUUGCACAUGGGAAAUUUGUGCAUGGGACAUUGCUCGAGCAGAUGAACCCGACUCAUGGAUCAAUCCAAACGGAACUGCUGCUACUCUGGGAGUCCCUAGGUGUGAUGAGCCCGACCCCGACCCAGGUGGACUUUGUGGCUGGGUCACAACUCUAGGUCGCAUGGUUGGCGGCUACAACGGUGCUGACGAUGGUUUAAAUGAGCUGCAUCAAGGAUUGUUACUGGCAGCGAAAAACUUCCAGACCAAGUCACCAACACUUUUUGGCCAUUUGGACUUCCCGGCAGAUUUACCCUUGCUUCAUCUGGGCGAUCCCGUGCAGGCAGCGAAAGAUCUUUCUGGUUGGCAGCCUUUUUACUUCGGCCUAGUCUUCUUCUAUGUUCCUGCCACGGUAUUAGCCAUGUGCAUCUUUUGCUGCAGAGAUGGUGGCUGCGAGCGUUUCGUUAGUGCUUACCUGCAUCUUUGCGAGGAAGUAGCAGAGAGUGACGAUGAUUAAUCUUGGCCCACUGCAGAAAGGCUCAGUCAAAAAGCAGCAAGUUGCACAAUUUGCUGAGGUGUAAAG